AUAAGUUUCGUUCUAGGUUAUAUAAAAGAUAUAAGGGAGAAACUGGUCUCGAUCCCUGGAAAAAUGAUAACAUGAAUAAAGCAUUAACCCCUGGAUAUUUGGAGUGGGAAGCCAAAUUAGAAUUACCAAGCAUUUUGUCAGAUAAAUCUCGUUCUAGGUUCUAUAAAAGAUAUAAGAAUAAGACUGGACUCUAUCCCUGGAUAAACUCUGAAACUUCUGAAUCUUCACAAACCGAAAUUGAUGAAACAGAUUUGAAGUUGAUGGAUAAGAUUACUGAACUUGAAAAAGAAAACAUCAAAAUUAAAGGUGAGAAUGUGGAGUUAAAACGGAAUAUAGAUGAACUUAAAAAGGAACUAGAGUCUAAGAAAAAUCGCAAAUUUCAGGAGAAAUGUAUCCUAAUAGCUCAAGUAUUGCUUGGAGAAGAACCCGUAGUCGAAUAUCGUCCAUCUUUUAUGGAGAGAUUAGAACUUGAUGCCUUCUUCCGAAGUAAUCGAAUUGCGUUAGAGGUACAAGGGGCACAACAUCGGCUUCAUAACACUAGCUGGUAUAAGGAUGUCAAAAAACUCGAAGACAUCGUCAAUCGUGAUCGGAAAAAAAGAUGCAUGUGUCAAGAUAACGGAAUUUUUCUUCUUGAGAUAUGGUAUGAUGAAAAUCCAGAAAUUGUUAUUCCGAAGAGGAUACAAAAAAUUAGGGGGUUUGUUAAUGAAAGUAUCUGUAAGCUUUGA